AUGAAGGAGCAGUACCGAACGCCGAAUUCAGCCCGAAAGGCUGUUGCGGUCACCUUCUCACCAGGAAAUGCAGAAUUCAUGCGACAGGUGGCCCAUGUGCCGAUUUGUAAUCCGAAGCUUUAUGAGGAGACUCCGGGGCGACUCACACCUGCAGCUCUUGGCCCCCUCGAUACCAGACUGGGGACCGCCAAGGGCGGAAAUUGUGCAACAUGUGGCUUGAACUUCACGGAUUGCGUCGGCCAUUUCGGGUUUAUCGACUUGGAGAUGCCCGUUUUCCAUAUUGGAUAUUUCAAGCUGAUCGUAAAUGUGUUGCAGUGCAUUUGCCGGCAUUGCUCCCGGGUUUUGCUCACCACCGAACAACGCGAUACUUUCCUGCGGCAGAUCUCGAAUCCGUCCCUCGACUAUUUGCGGCGGAAGGCCAUUCACAAGAAAUUGAUCCUGGCUUGCAAGAAGAACAAAAUUUGUGCACACUGCUAUCAUCCGAACGGCACGGUGAAAAAAGCUGUGGGCGUCAUCUUGAAAAUUGCCGACACUUUGGACAAGGAGAACUUGAGCGAGUAUCAGCAUUCGAUGGAUCAAAAUGUCGAACUGGGAAAGGUGUUGCCGAAGGCCAAAUUCGCCCAGUUGACACCCUUGCACGUGCAGAAAAUUUUCAGCAAUAUCAUGCCAGAAGAUAUCAACAUCAUCAUGGUGCGUUGCGGGCAGGAAAAGAGUCCUCUCGACAUGCUGCUCACCCGCAUCCCAGUGCCGCCCGUCUGUAUACGACCGUCCGUGGCCAAUGAAGUAAAAGCCGGAACAACGGAAGAUGAUCUGACGAUGAAGCUCUCGGAGAUUAUCUUGAUCAACGACGUCCUACGAAAGCACAAGCGUGAUGGCGCGCCCUCAAAAACGAUUUAUGAGACAUGGGAGCACCUCCAGAUACAAUGUGCGCUAUAUAUCAACAGCGAGGUGUCUGGACUGCCUCCAGAAUUACAGAGCAAAAAGUCUAUCCGCGGCUUCACACAACGCUUAAAGGGAAAACAAGGACGUUUCCGCGGGAAUCUGUCCGGCAAGCGUGUCGAUUUCACGAGCAGAACGGUAAUUUCCCCGGACCCGAACUUGAAAAUCGAUCAAGUUGGUGUACCGCUACACGUCGCAAAGAUCCUGACAUUUCCGGAAAUUGUCAACAACUUGAACUUGGCGCGGAUGAAGCAGCUGGUGCGGAACGGACCCGAUAAGCACCCGGGCGCAAAUUAUUUGGUCGAUUCGAAGACGGGCGGGAAGCGCUAUUUGCGCUUUGGAAAUCGAGACGAAAUUGCCGAUAAUCUGCGCCGCGGCGAUAUUGUUGAGCGUCAUUUGGAUGAUAAUGACCCGGUGCUUUUCAAUCGUCAGCCCUCACUGCACAAGAUUUCAAUUAUGAGCCAUCGAGCGAAGGUGAUGCCCGGGAGAACAUUACGUUUCAACGAAUGCGCCUGCGCGCCAUAUAACGCCGAUUUUGACGGUGACGAGAUGAAUCUUCAUUUGCCUCAAACUUACGAGGCCCGUGCAGAAGCUUCGUUGCUGAUGGGAGUGAAGAGCAAUCUAAUUACACCCCGAUCUGGCGAACCAUUGGUGGCGGCUAUUCAGGAUUUUAUCACGGGAGGCUACUUGAUGACGCACAAGGACUCUUUCUUUCCACGUUCCGAAGUACACCGCUUCGCGGCUGCGAUCAUCGACGCCACCUCCCCUGACCAAAAGCGCAUCCGCAUCCCACCACCGGCCAUCUUGAAGCCCGUUGAGUUGUGGACCGGGAAACAGUUGAUUGAACUGAUCAUUCGCCCGGACGCCGACUCGAACAUCUCGCUGAAUCUGGUGACGAAGAACAAAACCUACACGAAGAAUGAGGAUCUAUGCCACAAUGACGGAUACGUGAUCAUCCGCAACAGUGAAUUGAUCUGUGGCGUAUUGGACAAGGCCCUUUUAGGCUCAGGCUCAAAGGUCAAUAUCUUCUACAUCUUGUUGCGCGAUUACGGUGAGGAUGCGGCGAUUGAGGCAAUGUGGCGACUAGCUAGAAUGGCUCCUGUUUACAUCACAAAUCGUGGCUUCUCCAUCGGGAUCGGUGACGUCAAGCCGGGAGAGCGCUAUCGCAAAUGUGACGAAUUCAUCGCGCAACUGGCUUCUGGACGAUUGAAGACUCAACCCGGCUGUUCGGAAAAGGAAACCCUUGAAUCGCUAAUCCUGCGUGAGCUUUCCGUGGUUCGUGACCAUGCCGGUCAGGUGUGCGUCAGGAAUUUGAGCAGUCACAAUGCCCCGCUGACAAUGGCCAUUUGCGGCUCGAAGGGCUCCUUUAUCAACAUCUCCCAAAUGAUUGCUUGUGUCGGUCAGCAAGCUAUUUCCGGACAUCGACCGCCUGACGGUUUUGAGAAUCGCUGCCUGCCACAUUAUGAGCGCUUCCAGAAUACCCCACAAGCCAAAGGUUUUGUUGAAAACAGUUUCUACUCCGGCCUGACCCCCACCGAGUUCUUUUUCCACACCAUGGGUGGUCGCGAGGGUCUCGUCGAUACGGCUGUGAAGACUGCCGAGACGGGAUACAUGCAGCGUCGACUCGUGAAAAGCUUAGAAGAUUUGUGCGUCGGCUACGAUCGCACUGUGCGCACAUCGGCAGGCGAGAUCGUCGCCUUUGAAUUUGGUGACGAUGGUCUGGACCCCGCAAACAUGGAGGCAAAGGAUGGAGCUGUGGUUGAUUUCAAGCACGUCUGGAACCACAUACGGGCUGUGGGUGCUGCUACGGCUUCCACCGGCGAAGAGCCAGCCCCUACUCAAAUGCUGGAUUUCGUGCGCACCUCAUUGCAGAAGACAUUCUCGGCUGAGAUUGCCGAGUUUGAGGUCAAUCGCGAGAGGGAGAAACGAUCGAAAGCUGCAAGGGCCGACAAAAAGGAGCCACCGGUACCGUUGCCUGCCGUGUCUGUCUUCGAUGGGCCCGAGAUCACGAUCUGGAAGCAGAUCUACGAGUUUUUGGAAACGAUUGUUCUUGGCGGCUCAGGGGCGUUCGAACUGCCAGAAACCUGCGUAUCCCAUCGCGGUACGGCGGCAAAGAGAGCGAAAAAACCAUGCCAUGCCUGCCAAGGCGCCGAUCACUACCGAAGGACUGUCUUGCUAGCCAAGUAUUUGACGCAAGCUCAGGUGACUGCUUUCAUUGACCGAUGCGCGUUCAAAUGGCGAAGGGCAAUUUCGGAGCCAGGAACAGCCGUUGGAGCCGUGGCGGCCACUAGCAUUGGCGAACCGUCGACGCAAAUGACGCUAAAAACGUUCCAUUUUGCUGGUGUGGCGAGCAUGAACAUCACCCAGGGUGUACCCCGUAUCAAAGAAAUCAUCAAUGCGGUGAAGAACAUCUCGACGCCGAUCAUCACCGCGUCUCUCGCCGACCCAAGCGACGGUGACUUGGCCCGAAUGUGCAAAGCGCGAAUUGAGAAGACAACUUUGGGAGAAAUCAGCGAAUACGUCGAGGAGGUCAUCCUCGCUGACGGCGCCUUCAUCCUCAUCAAGCUUAGCGCGCAGCGCAUCCGUCUUUUGCGCCUGGAGAUCACCCCAAUCGACAUUUUGAUGGCCAUCUGCACGAGCAAGUUAGACACCCCACUGAAAAUGGGCGAGGUGAGCUCACGCGGCAAGACGAUGAUCGUUGUUCGACCGUCCCCUUCUGCCAAGAUGUCCCGUAUGGCCCAGUUUCAGUACCUGAAGCGAGCGCUCCCAAAAAUUAUUGUGAAAGGCCUGAAAGACGUUUCACGUUGCGUGAUCCAUGUCGAUGAAUCGAAAAAUAGCAGCCAUCGACUUUUGGUGGAGGGCACGGAUUACCUCGGGGUUAUGUGCACACGGGGCGUCGACCCGCUGAAGACGCACUUCAACAAUGCAUUGGGCGUGGCCCAGGUGCUCGGCAUUGAGGCUUCGCGGACGAUCAUCAUACGCGAGAUUCUGGCGACUAUGGAGAGUCACGGAAUCAGUUUGGACCCACGGCACGUCAUGUUGUUGGCUGACAUCAUGACUUAUCGCGGCGAGGUGCUGGGGAUUACGAGAAACGGACUAGUGAAGAUGAAGGAGUCUGUGCUGCUGCUGGCUUCAUUUGAAAGGACUACCGAUCAUCUCUAUGAUGCCGCCUUUUUCGGACAAAAAGAUGAGAUCAAAGGUGUCUCCGAAUCAAUCAUCCUCGGCACUCCAAUCCGCAUCGGUAGCGGCAUGCAUAAGCUGCUCUACUCCCACCCCGAACCGCACGGAAUUGUGCCCCGAACGCCGCUGUUUGACAGAGCUUUCGUGACUGCC